AUGGCAUUCAAGUUCGUUGUUAUUUUUGCUUUGUUGGCCGCUGUCAAUGCUGGCUUUGUACCUGCAGCUCCCCAGGUAUAUCAUGCCGCUCCCGUUGCUGCUGCUGCCACUGUGGUCAAGGGUGUUGUUCCAGUUGCCCAACCGGUUUUAACCAAGACCGUUGAAGAAUAUGAUCCUCAUCCUCAGUACAAAUUCGGCUAUGGUGUCCAAGAUGCUGUGUCAGGUGAUACUAAAACACAAGUUGAAGAACGCGAUGGUGAUGUGGUACGUGGUGAAUACACCUUGAUUGAUGCUGACGGUUACAAGCGUACCGUUCAGUAUACUGCUGAUCCUGUUCAUGGUUUCAAUGCUGUUGUUAGCCGUGAACCAUUGGUUGGAAAGGCUGUUGUUGCCGCUCCUGCCCCUGUCGUGAAGACGGUUGCUCCUGUUGCUCAGUAUGCUGCCCCUGCCUCUGUAGUGAAGACUGUUGCUCCUGUGUCACAGUAUGCUGCUCCCGCCGCUGUCGUCAAAACUGCUGUUCCAGCCUAUACCACCUACACAGCUCCAGCUGUCGUAAAAUCUGCUGUCCCAGCCUAUACUACAUACACCGUACCUGCCUCUCAUGUUGCCAAUCAUUAA